GCGGCUGGAGGGGCAGCCGGGUGGACCCGUCUCGCCAUGGACAAGCUGAAGAAGGUGCUGAGCGGGCAGGACACUGAGGAUCGGGGCGGCCUGUCCGAGGUUGUUGAGGCAACUUCAUUAAGCUCGGGCACCAGAAUAAAAGGCUUCAUUGCCUGUUUUGCUGCAGGAAUUCUCUGCUCACUUCUGGGAACUCUCUUGCUCUGGGUGCCCAGGAAGGGACUAUAUCUCUUCGCAGUGUUUUAUACCUUUGGUAACAUCGCAUCUCUUGGGAGCACUGUCUUCCUCAUGGGACCGAUGACACAGCUGAAGCGAAUGUUUGAGCCUACGCGUUUGAUUGCAACUAUCAUGGUGCUGUUAUGUUUUGCACUUACCCUGUGUUCUGCCUUUUGGUGGCACAACAAAGGGCUUGCUCUCAUCUUCUGCAUUUUGCAGUCUCUGGCCCUGACGUGGUACAGUCUUUCCUACAUACCAUUUGCAAGGGACGCUGUAAAGAAGUGUUUUACUGUGUGUCUUGCAUAACACACAGCCACGUUUGCAAAGCUCUGGAAAGCACCAUGGAUGGAUAUGGGUGGACCGUGUUGUAAAUAUCUUCUAAACCUCUAUCUCACAGACAUGUGCCUUUGAUCUUGCAAGCAACACGUCGCUUGCAUUUUGAACCUUUGAGGAUUGCUUUUGGAGGCAACUGUGUGUUCCCAAACCCAAAUGUCUGCCACAUGAUACAAGAAAUGGGUUCUAUAUAUGACAGAGUGGAAUCUUCCUCAUAUAUCUUUGGAUGGUGUUCCACUAAGUUUUUAUGGGUAAAAACCUUGUUAACAGCAGCAGAUAAGCCUUGGGAGCCAGUGAUUCCCAGUUGGUGACAGAUGGCAUUAUUGGAUACUCAGGUGCAACAGGAAGGGAUAGAGUUUGGGAAUCAACGGGACUUUGUAGAUUUGUCCCUCAGCGUGUCACGCCUGCCCCAUACAACAUGGAUAUAUUUCUGCUCUGGUGUCCAGGAACAAGCUGCCAUCCUGACAUUUGAACAUGAGCCUGUGAAGAACCUGGCUGUGGAAUGAAGUAGAA